GAGCCAUUUGGCGAGCGCCGGGAGUGCGUGGGUGGGUCCGUGUCCAUGCCCGCCCCCGGGGAGGUGCUGCCGGCCGCCGACAUUAAGCUCCAGUGGCUGGGCUGCUCAGAAAGGGAAACGUUGCUUUUGGAGAGCUGGAGAAAUUCCCUUCGAGCGGGCCGUGAGGAGGGAAGUCAGUCACCUGGCGGCGAAGGACAGUAAAACAGGAGCGAAGGGGGGAAUUUCUGCUUCUCUUCCUUCUCUCUUCUGCAAAGAGAUCCACCUACUGUUUUUCUCCCAACUCUUAGCAUAACCUUCAAAGAAGACCAUCCCUUACAGACUUUCCUAUUUUUUUCCCCUAGUGUUAUUAUUGAGGAAAUACCUUUAGCUACAGAGAAUUUCUGAGUCUGUGCAGGAGUUGGAGGAUUUUGUUAUCUUGCCAGCAAAAUUGUUCAUGGCUAAUGUCUUGCACUCACAGGGUGCUAAAUUAGCAACCAGAGUAGGCAUGACGGAGAAAGGCUUUUAUCACAGGCUAUUCUCUUCAGUUUGAACACAUUUGCUCUAAAUCUGCUGCAUGAUGCUGUCCGGAGAAACAGGAUUUUUCCUCGGGAUGCAGCGAUUCGCCGGUUUCUGAGCUUAUUGCAGAAGAAAAAAUAAUCUUUAAACUGAGCGGAUUCUUUUUUUCCUGUCUCCUCCUCCCGUUGCCUGAGGACGCGAAUCUCUUUCACCGGAGAUCACCUGGCGCUUGAGUCCUUAAGGGAGUUCUUUUUUUUAAAAAAAAAAAAAUAUCAAAAAAGAAAAAAAGUGAAAUUUAUUUAUUUAUUUAUUUAUUUAUUUAUUUAAACCGGUGGAGGCGUGAUCGCGGAGAAUGAGACUGAGAGCAGUUGCCAGGGUUUGGAGGACAAGGCUGAGUUUAGGCUGGAAACUGAGAGACUAGAUUGCUGCCUCCGUCUGGUGUUGUGUGGUGGGGUUUGUGGUUUUGGGUUUGUGUUUUUUUUCCUCCUUUUUCCUUUACUUUUUUUUAUUUUUUUGGGGGACAACUUCCCUAGUUUCCCCUCUGCUCAGUUUCGCUCCAUGGAGAGAUCAGCAAACCUGGACACGGAGGACCUCAAGAUGACACGAGAGCAGUAUAUAUUAGCAACACAACAGAACAGCCUUCCAAGGACUGAGCAUCCUCAGUUUUACCCAGUUGGGAUUUAUGGAUGGCGAAAGAGGUGCUUAUACUUCUUUGUCCUUCUGCUGUUGGUUACCAUGAUUGUUAACUUAGCAAUGACAAUAUGGAUUUUGAAGGUUAUGAAUUUCACAGUGGAUGGAAUGGGAAAUUUGAGAGUGACUAAAAAAGGAAUACGACUUGAAGGAAUAUCUGAAUUUCUACUUCCAUUAUACGUGAAAGAAAUCCAUUCCCGAAAGGAUAGCCCACUGGUCUUACAGUCUGACAGAAAUGUAACAGUGAAUGCAAGAAAUCACAUGGGACAGUUAACUGGACAACUGACAGUAGGAGCUGAUGCUGUGGAGGCCCAGAGUAAGAGAUUUGAAGUGAGGGCAACUGAAAGUGGAAAAGUACUGUUUUCUGCAGAUGAAGAUGAGAUUGUUAUUGGUGCUGACAGACUGAAAGUAACAGGCACGGAAGGGGCAGUGUUUGGGCACUCUGUGGAGACACCCCAUAUCAGAGCAGAACCUUCCCAAGACCUCAAACUUGAAUCUCCUACUAGAUCUUUGGUGAUGGAAGCACCCAGGGGAGUGCAGGUCAAUGCAGCUGCAGGAGACUUAAAGGCUACCUGUAGGAAAGAACUUCACUUACAGUCUACAGAAGGGGAGAUAUUUUUAAACGCAGAUACAAUUCGCCUGGGAAAUCUACCAGUGGGGUCGUUUUCUUCCUCCUCCUCCUCACCCAGCUCUUCAGCUCCUCGUCAGACUAUCUAUGAGCUGUGCGUCUGUCCCAAUGUUCUGCUCGGUUUCCCUUGUGACAAGUUCGACGCUUCAAACGGCCUGCAGAGCAACUUCUUCCAGUAACCCAGGAAUGUAAAACAGUAUAAAAAUGUUUGCUAUUGUGGAAGAUGGCUUGAUUACAUGAGGUAAGUGUGCUUUUUAAUUCUGUCCUUCAAAUUAUAUCACCUAUCAUGAAACUUUAGAGCCCUCAGAUUGUAAGACCACCAACGCAAUGAUGACUUUUGCAAGGUAACUCUAAAGUCAGGGCAGACAGUGUAAGGUGGGUAUUUCUACACAUGGGUUUUUUUGAUUGUUUUUGUCUUAGAGAAAAAUACGAAAAUGAGCAAACUAAUACUGUGAUUACCUUUGCAUUUCAUUACCACCUAAUAAGGUUGAUUUUGGUUUCACUUCGGGUGAAAUUCACUCCUAUGCAGAGGUCCAGCACAAGAUAUGUCCACGGCUUGACUGGUGCUUCCCUUUCCAUUGGCCCUCUUCAGAGGUGUGAAUUUCCCCCAUAGCAAGAAUUCUGCACUUGCUGUUUCUACCAGUUAAAUGAAGAUUUCUAAUUUGUUAUUUUAUCUCUUUAAAAUAAGGCUGUUAACAGCUGAUUUGUUAUUUCAUUGAGAAUUUUAUUCUACUUGGAAAGAAAAUAUAUUACAAAAUAUAUUAAAAGCCUGAAGAUUUUUAGUAGGAGGGACAGAAAGAGAUACAUGUGACAAAGAAGUUGAUAAUAAAACAUUAGAAAGUGUAGCUGUACAAUACGCCCUUAAAACUGUAGGGAAACAGAUGUCUUUUUCUAAUGCACACAAAGAAUAGAAUAUGCGGACAAAUAGUAUUCAGGAGGAAAGUAUAUAGAUCUAUAUGAGGACACAUCUAUAUGUAUUCGUUUCUGUGCACAUCAGCAUACACCGGCAGCCUAAAAGAUUAGCAGAUGAUUAUAGUGACUAAUCUAUUUGGUGAAAAAAUUAUGGCUUCUUACAAAUUGCACACAGUAGACUAGGAUGUUUUUCUCUCCUCAAAUAAACCCACAGGAUGGCUUGCUGAUACUUUGUCAAUUUUCCACUGAGAAUUUCUUAUUUGUUUGCUCCUUACCUUGUGCGAUUACUCACCUGUAAUACAUAUGAAAAAGGUUUUUGCCCUCUGAAUGAAAAGACCCAACCUUUACAGAUUUUACACAAACCUAGGCAGGUAGG